AUGGCCACCAAUCUUGAUAAGCUUUCUGCAGAGACUCUGACCUCCAUUGCGAGCGUGAGCGCAAAAGUCAGAGAUGCCAUCUCCGCAUCUCUCUCUAUCGGUCAAGAGCAGUACCUGACCAUCGCUGUCCCAGCAACUGUAAUUGAUCUGGCCAACCCGGAUCACGGCGGCUCAUUUGUAUAUGAUGAGUCCAGACAUAGUUUUCCUCCAGCAAAUAUUAGACAGGCUGAAGCUAGCUUAGUUGAUAGAAUGAUGCCGAUAGCCAAAUUAGCAGUCGGCAACGAGACCAGGAGUGUUGCGCGCAGUUACGCUCGCGCCAUUGACAAUUUAAUUCCCGCAAGCCCGACAUCCACCCCCGUCCCAGGCAUCCCCAGCCCCGGACAGAUGGACUACGCAAAGUCGAUGGAGUUUCUCAAACAGAAAGUCCCCGGGACCUCAAAGACCAUCAUGGAGAUUUAUAGGGAUAAGGAGAUGAAGUGGGCUGAAGAGCGUGGAAAUUGGGAAACGGCAAAGAUCGGGGCUACUCGUCGUGCGCAUGAAAUCUUUGAAGACGCGACCAAGGAGCACGCCGAUAAACGACAGAAAUACCUCGAGAAGUGGUCCAAGGACGAGGGCAAGCGCUAUAAGGAUGCUACUCAAGCUGCAUGGAUGGACUGGGUUGAUGGCGGAAAGAAAUAUGCCGUCGAGUUUGCCUUUGGCCUGUUCCAGAUGGAUCCUAUGGAGCGCGUGGAAAGAAGUAAGGAGGCGAUGAGGAACUCUGCGGUAGACGAUCCAAGUGGCGAUGGGGAGGUUUACGGUGUUAGUCUUACACCUAAAGGGUGGGCUACGUCCUGUAGGGUCAAGGCCGAGGAGUGGCGUCAGCAGUAUGAACCUGGGCAGCUGAAUAGCAGUGAUGAAACUACCUGGAGCAGAAUUGCACUCUCAUACUCUGCAUCGGAUAUCCAGACUCAAGGAAGCGUAACAACCGGCUUUGGUCUCUGGUCCUUGGGCGGUACAAACUUGGAUGAGGGGCUACGCCGAGAGAUGGCAUCCUGCGAUGUUAGCAUUUCAUUUUCUGCCCUCGUCGUCAAUAUCCACCGCCCAUGGUUAUACAGCGAGCUCUUCCGCGACACUGAUCUCGAGAUUCAGAGAGGUAUCAAUGUCAGCCCUGGCCCAGGUCGUAUUCAUGAUAUGAUCGAGGAUCGGGAAGACGAGAAGAGUGGUGAAUGGGCCUUUCCGGCCUAUCCGACCUCUUUUAUCAUUGCUGCUGAUACAACGGUUGAGUUCAAGGGAGAAGUGAAGGCUAUAGAGGAGUUUUGGAAAGCUGAUGGUGAAGUGGUUGGGUAUGGGCCUUGGUCAGUGUCAGGCAGUGCUGUGGCCGAGCAAACCAGAGUGGAAGCAACUUCAACAGGAUGCAGGAUCAGUUUUGGGGCACCACAGAUUAUUGGCUGGCUUAACCAAACUGUGCCACCUCUGCCACGAUCAUAA